GGGUGUUUAAGCAAUUUUCAUCAGGCACCGUGGGGGGGCGGCCGACGACACAAGGAACGACGAAUGGGCCGGCGGUCGCCUGUUUACGAUGACAUAAGCUGGAACUCGCACAAGGGGGAUCAAUAAUCACCACAACGCUUGUAUAGAGGCCAUGCGAUCCAUGUUGAGGCGGGGGAGAGAAAAGCUAUGGUUAUAUAAAAUGCGAGGGAGAAUCGAAUCAAAGGCCUCUGCAUUUGCAUCAUUGUUAGGCUUAUCGAUCUUACUCAACAUAGCGACCGCAAGGCUUCAAAGAUCAAGUGGGAUGGAUCGGAGUGCGGUUCCUGGAUAUACCAUACUCCGUAAUCCAGAUACGAUCCAGCGUUUGCGAGUCACUUAACCGGAGAACUGCACCGAGAAGUUGGUGAAGGAUUGCCCGAGGCUGUGGCUCAUUUCAUACUAAUACUAACGGUACUACUGCCCACGUAACGUCUUUGUCG